AUGGCCGACUUGACUGAACCCAUGACAGCAGAUCCUGCAAAACAUCGUGACCAACUUUUUGAGCGUCUCGAUAGUCUGAGAAGAAAGGAAACCUUUUGCGAUGUGACAGUUACAGUGAACGGCAAAGAAUUCAAAGCUUACAAAGUCGUUCUAGCUGCGGUCAGCCCGUUCUUCCUGUCACUUUUGGAAAGCGACAUGAGGGAAAGAAACGAACAACGGAUCGAAAUCAAGCUUGAAGAGGCUACUGUUUCUGUCAUGGAAGACGUGCUACAAUACAUUUACACUGGAAAUGUUACCGUCACAGAGGAAAGCUGCCACAAGCUGAUUGCAACCGCGGAUUAUCUCCUUCUUCCGGGGUUAAAAACAUUGGCUAGUGUCUUCUUAAAAGGGAAGUUGACAGUUGAGAACUGUGUUUUCAACUAUUAUUAUGCUGAUAGGUAUCAUUGCGAAGAGCUGAAACGAGCAUGUCGCACAGAGAUUCUUUCAAAUUUCACUGCUGUGAUGGAAACAGAAGAUUUUCUUAACCUUGACAUAAAGCACAUCUUAGAGUGGGUGUCUAGUGAUGAUAUAACAGUCAGUAGCGAGGAAGAAGUAUUCAAGGGAAUUGUCAAGUGGGUGUCUUACAACAGGAGUGACAGAGAAAGCUCUUUCCUUGAUUUGUUGCGCCACAUCCGCUUAAGAUCUAUACCACACGACUUUCUACUGAAGAAAUUGGUGAAGGAAGAACUCAUAACUGGAAAUAAUGACUGCUUAAACUAUUUGCUGGGGUCCAUGGAGUCAAUUUUUAUUGCCACAGAUGAAAGUCUUAGCAAAGCACCAAGAAAUUGCUUGAAGGUUCAAGUGGAAGGAAUUUUUUUGUGUGGUGGCAGGAAGNAGGGAAUUGUCAAGUGGGUGUCUUACAACAGGAGUGACAGAGAAAGCUCUUUCCUUGAUUUGUUGCGCCACAUCCGCUUAAGAUCUAUACCACACGACUUUCUACUGAAGAAAUUGGUGAAGGAAGAACUCAUAACUGGAAAUAAUGACUGCUUAAACUAUUUGCUGGGGUCCAUGGAGUCAAUUUUUAUUGCCACAGAUGAAAGUCUUAGCAAAGCACCAAGAAAUUGCUUGAAGGUUCAAGUGGAAGGAAUUUUUUUGUGUGGUGGCAGGAAGGCAUUGUGUUAUCUUCCCCAAGUAAAUAUGUGGUAUAAAAUGGCAGACAUGUCUUUUGAACAUCAAAACCAUUCUCUGCUACUGGACCGGCAAAGGGUUUACAUUUUUAGUAAGCAAAAUACAGAUAUUCAAUCUCAUUUAGUGGAGUACUAUGUGCCUUCCACAAACCUCUGGUGUUCAUUUCAGUCAGGCUUUGAGUAUGAUGAGCAAUUCUGUAGUGUGUCAGCAGUGAGUGGUUAUUCAUUUUUGAAUGCUUUAACCUUUGAUGAACAUAUUCCUUACAUGUCCACAUAUGACAUUAAUACUAAUAACUGGAAUAUGCAAGAAGAUACGCCUAUAAAUCGAUGGGGAGUCUGUGCCAUAUCACGGGGACACCACAUUUAUAUAAUAGGUGGUACUAAUUCUGGGGAUGAUGUAGCUGCUGGAAAUACUAAAGUGGAAAGAUUUAAUCCAAGUAAUGAGAGUGUUGAAGAGGUUGCACCUUUGAAUGAGGCAAGGCAUGAUGCAUUUGGAGCAGUUAUGAAUGACAAGAUAUAUGUUGCAGGUGGAAUUCAGAUGUUAGAACAACGAUGUAGACUUCUCAACACAUGCGAGGUAUAUGACCCAUCAACCAAUGAGUGGCAUCUGAUGGCAGACCUCUGUGUACCACGUCAUUCAGCAAGCAUGGUCUGCUUUAAAGAAGCUUUGUAUGUUAUUGGUGGGUUAAAGAAUACCAACAAUCAAGUUGUAACCAGGGAGAUGUCUGUUGAAAUGUUUGAUUUUGAAACAAGUGAAUGGAAGAAGAAGAGCACCAUACCUGUUGGUGGCGAAAGUGGAGAUGAGAGAGAUAAACAAAUACACUACAAAGCUUGUACUGCAACAAUUCAUAAAGAUGUGUUAGUGGAAGAGAAUCUCGUUACCAGUGAA